CAGAGGUAUCAAUAAACUGAGCAUUUUGUCGUUAAGUACAGCAGACAAUGUGUUGCUUGUGAGUUGCCAGCAUCACAGAUCUUUUUGCAGGACACAUCGAGCUCUGAUAAACCAGACAGCAGCAAGAAAGGUUUUGAGAAAACAUUCCUACAGUAUAUUGAAUCGAGCGCACAAGUUAGAGAAGUAUGGACAAAGGAAGGAGGCUGACAAUAUUCUGGCUGUGUUUAGAAGCUAUUAGCAGCCCUAUAUUUUCUGAAGAAUGGAGGGCUGACGUCGUUGAAAAGCUGGACACCUUGAUUGGCUCCUGCGUUGUGGUGCCUUGCACUUUCACAUAUCCUGGGGAGAAGUUGCCGUCCUCCAAACUCAGAGGAAUCUGGCAUUUUCUUAAUGAUCGAAUGAAAAAUAUAUAUCAUCCGGAUAACCUGAAUGUCAUGGAAAACUUCAGGGGUCGCACAGAGUUGGUGGGCCGUUUGGGGGAUGGAAACUGCACUUUGAAGAUGGUGGAUGUAAAAGAUCAUGACAACGGCCCUUUCUGUUUCCGAGUGGAGAUACCAGAGAAGGACAAGUUCUCCUACGUAGAACAUUGUGCCCGCUUGACCAUACUUCCUCAUCCUCCAAAGCCUACACUGACUUUCUCAAAGAAAGUCAUUCAAGGUCAUCCAUACAGUGCAGUGUGUUCAGUCAUCCAUACCUGCCCUUCUCAUAUGCCCACAAUAACAUGGAGUAAGAGCUCCUCGGAUGAGCCUCUUGAGGCUCAUAAAUACCAUGGCUCUGGGAACUGGGAGACACAAUCGAUCCUGACGUUCAUACCUGAGGAGAGCGACGAUCAUUCGGAGAUCAUCUGCACAGUCAGAUUUUAUGGAGGGAUGAACUCAUCUCAAACAUUUCAGCUCUUUGUGAAACGUAAGGAGAAUUAUUUGCACAUCAUCAUUCCUGUCGUGGUUGGGAUUACAACUGCUGCAAUUUUUGGAAUAUUGUGUGCUCUUGUGGUGAAAAAGUACAAAACACGUAUUGCAGAACUCCAGCGUGGAAAUGGCAGCACGUGGAAUCGGCUUUCCAGACUGUCCCGCAGGUGA